AUGUUGGGUGGUGUGUUGAGGACAAGUAUAGGGCCGAGGCAUCAGGUGAUCCGGCGCUGGUACAGUGAGACUCGCCGGACGCCUUUGCGCAAAUGGUCCACUCGAUUCUUCCUCUUGCUCGCUUUUCCCGCGACGUACCUCGUUGGAUCGGCCUUUCCACCGAAUCUGGUCUUGCUAUUAUAUCCACGGUACUCGCCUCCUCCGCCUGAGAAGGAUUCGACACGGGGCAAGGCGAUCACGAGUGAUGUCGAGAGGGAGAUUCAGGGGUUGAAUAUAACGCACGAGAUGAGGGAUAGAGUGAGGGGUGGUGACGGGACGAGUGGGGGAUGGUAUGAGACGAGACCGUAUUCCAAAUUCGAUCCCCAAAAGGUUCACAAUUCGCUCACCGCGGGGACAUUGCGGGGUCCCGGCAAGCUCGCCAUUGCCCCGUUGCUGUGGGCAAAGAGGGAUGAAUCAGAGGCCGUUGCUGUGUUACACUACGGAAGAGCUUUGUGCGGGCACGAUGGGAUCAUACAUGGAGGUCUGAUCGCGACGACGUUUGACGAGACGUUGGCGAGGAAUGCCUUGCUCAAUAUCAAGACGCACAUUGGCGUCACAGCGAGUCUGACAAUCAACUACAAGUCUCCAUGUAUGGCGGAUCAGUUUGUGGUGCUCCGGACAAAGCUGGACAAGAUGGACGGGCGAAAAGUAUGGGUCAGUGGGUCUAUGGAGACUUUGGAUGGGAUCGUCGUCGCCGAGGCGAGUGCGCUCUUCAUCGAGCCGAAAUGGGCUCAGUUUCUGGAAUCCAGCGGUGUCACUGAGGCCAUGGGUCGGCCGAUGCCAUUACCUAUAGAAGCCGAGGUCGCGGCACAGCGCAUCUGA